UUAUGGCUGGUGGAUGAGAGGUGGUAGAAAUAACAAAUUUCAAGUCUUAAUUUGAGAGGGAAAAGACUUUUCUUAUCUUAUAGUUGUCUAAGGUUCUUCUAUGGAUUAAUCAAUUGAUCAAUGAUGUUGACACAUGUUUGGAUUAUUUUGUGAAAAUUAAAUGAAUUGUUUAACAUUGAAAAGUAAUCAAGUGAUAGCGUCAAGGACGUUGGCACAAUUGCCGUCUCGAAGUCAAUUAGAAUCGUCCGGUAUUGAAAAGUGAAGAACGAUCACUCGGUGGAAAAGGUUUUUUCGGUGAAUUGGAGCAAGGGAUAAAGUGAAGUUGUGGGUCAGGAGGAAAUUGAGCCCAGAUGAACGGGACGUGGAUGGCCCGUCGUUAUCAUCAUCCAUUCUGCCGUGAUGGGGAUCACCCAGUGAGGACCAAGAUCACUUCAAUUUAUCGAUCACGGAAGCCUCAGAUCCAGGCCCUUGGAAACACCCUCCACUGAAUGUAUUACCUCCUUGACGUAUUUACAUGGAUUAAGUUGCCUAGACAUAUGGUGAAAUUCUCGUGAUAGAAACUCCACUCUGUUGCAUCGACUAACCCCGAAGUCGACGACUGGAAAAGCCAAUUGGGGUAUGACGAAAUAUUCGUUGAUGGUAGUCUACUGUCUAUGUGCCCUCAUCGAUAUGGCGUCCCUUCACUUUUCGGGAUUGGAGGUUGAGGAGUACGGCAGGAAAGAAUCAUCGUUAUCGUUAAGGGACAUUUUACCAUUCAAUCCAAAGGCCUAUGAUAAACACAGGCCCCCGAAAUUCGCUGGACAACCGACUGUUGUUUACUUCCAUGUCACUGUGCUCAGUAUCGACUCCAUAAACGAGGAAUCAAUGACUUACGUAGCCGACAUAUUCCUGGCUCAAAGCUGGCGUGACUCAAGGCUAAGACUGCCGGAGAAUAUGUCCGAGGAGUACAGGAUACUCGACGUCGAUUGGCUGCACAACAUAUGGAGGCCAGACUGCUUCUUCAAGAACGCCAAGAAGGUCACCUUCCACGAGAUGUCGAUACCAAAUCACUAUCUCUGGCUCUAUCACGAUAAGACUUUACUCUACAUGUCCAAACUCACCCUCGUUCUAUCCUGCGCCAUGAAGUUCGAGUCUUACCCACACGAUACGCAGAACUGCUCCAUGAUGAUCGAGAGCCUUUCUCACACGACUCAGGACCUCGUCUUCAUCUGGAACAUGACAGACCCCCUCGUGGUGAAUCCCGAGAUCGAGUUACCCCAGCUCGACAUAUCCAAUAACUACACGACAGACUGCACAAUCGAGUACUCAACUGGCAAUUUUACGUGCAUACAAAUUGUCUUCAAUCUCAGACGUAGACUCGGCUAUCAUCUCUUCCACACGUACAUACCAUCAGCCCUAAUCGUCGUCAUGUCGUGGAUUGCAUUUUGGAUAAAACCAGAGGCUAUUCCUGCACGUGUCACACUCGGUGUUACAUCAUUAUUGACACUUGCCACCCAGAAUACACAAUCCCAACAAUCUCUGCCACCAGUAUCGUAUGUCAAAGCAAUCGACGUUUGGAUGUCAUCGUGUAGUGUAUUUGUCUUCCUCUCGCUAAUGGAAUUUGCUGUUGUCAAUAAUUACAUGGGUCCAGUAGCAACUAAAGCAAUGAAGGGAUACUCGGACGAGGACAUCAGAGAAUCCAUCGAUGAAUUUAAGACACCGAUGAGACCGGAGUCACGAAACAGAAGUCCGAUGCGACCACUCACCGUGCAAUACGAUACCUGCUGUCAGGGCCGAGCAACGGCAAUCUACAUCGACAAGCUCUCAAGAUUCCUCUUUCCCUUUUCCUUCUUUAUUCUCAACAUCGUUUAUUGGAGCACUUUUCUCUAAUAUUUUUCAAGAUCCACUUGUCGUUAAAGUGCAAUUAUCAACGUCGACAUUUUGAAUGAAACAAUAUUCUGAUUAUAAGUGAAAUGAGUUUUGAGCAUUUUUGUGCAUUCAAUUGUUAAUUUUACGAGUUAUUAAAAAAUAGUCAUUGUGAAUGGAA